AAACUCAAUAAUUAAGAAGACCUUCAUCUGGAAAUUCAAGGACUGAUCAUGCUGUGUGUAGAAUGGAAUCAUGUGGCAGAGAUGUGCCUUUACCUGGACGAUCUAAGUGAAGAAAGCAGAAUAUUGUGUAUUUGCUCCAGAGCUUUUGUUAAAUUAUUAAAAUGUAUUGACCUACUUACAGAUUAUGAGGAAGGUGAAGAAGAGGAUGAAGAGGAGGAUUCUCCAGGUUUACCAGCACCAUCUGAAACUUGCAAAGUUCCUGUUCUAGAAGAAGAGCUGGACUCUGAGGCUGAACUUAUGUUACAAAUGGGCCUUCCAGUAAAGUUUGGUGGAUCAUCAUAUGAGAAGAACUUUUUACUACCAGGUCAUUCUGUGAAGGAACUCAAAAAAAGAAGGAAGAUACAAAAUAAGCCCCAGCAAUGUAAAAAUGAGAGCUCUACAGAAGCUGUGGUAGAGCUGGCACAAGAUAUUGAUAAUAAAGAGGAUCCUAGUGAACAUCCUAAUCCAUCUGAAGAGGUUGAAAGCCCUUUAACAGUCUCUGAAAGUGCAGACACUCUGAAACUCCCAUCUGUAGAUCCCGCCAUUCAGAAGAUUUGGGAAGAUUACUGGAACCAGUAUGGACAAGGGCUGCUGUGGCAGGAUUGGGUUGUAAAGCACCCAGAGAUCAGCCAGGAUAACUCUGAACCCUGGAAUUCUCCAGAGACGACAGAAGAGUGGAAUAAACAUUAUCAUGAAUCCUACUGGCAUUAUUAUGAGCAGUUUCACUACUGGACACAGCAAGGAUGGACAUUUGACUCUCCAGGCGACUCUGCCGAUAAACAUGCAGCCGAUGUAGAAAAGGCAGAAUUUCCAAACUGCUCUCUGCAGUUGUCACCAGCUCUGAAGGAAGACAUUGAUCAUUUAUGUGAUGGUGUUGUAAACAGACUGGAGAAUAUAAAUCUUAAUAUAAAGGAAACCGAGCAGAGCUGUAAACCUUUAAGUGUAAUUUAUGAGAGUCAUCAGGCAAAGGACACAGAGAGCCUUGAAACGCAUUGUCCUUGUGAUCCUGAUCACUGUGAUCGCAGAGAUGGUGGUUCUGGGGAGACGGAUGCACCAUCCGGACGUUCUGCAUCCAGCCAGCCAGUGUCACAACUGAGUCCAGAGAAAACUGUACAAAAAGGGCAAGUGAAAAUCAGUGAGGAUGAGGGUGAAGAUGAACCUCCAGAGUGCAAACAAGCAAAAAUCAAGAGGAGUCACGAACUGGAUGCAGAGGAGAACCCAUCAGAAGUGUUUGCUGAAUCCUCCACUAUCCUUGGGCUGAAGCAUGGUAAAGGACAGAAAUACGGGGGAAUUCCACACUUCAAACAUCGGACUCUCCGCUACUUGGAUAAAGGAGUCAGGCACCGCUCUCAUUUCCUGGAUAUGCAUAGGCAUUGGAAUGUGAAGAACAGCCAUAUAUUUUUCCAAGAGGAUUCAGAAGUGAAAUCUCCAAAAUGUAAAGCGUUAAAAAAGGUGCAGACAUUCCUGAAGAAGGCAGAAGGACCUGUUGAGGAUGAAAUACAUGAAGAUUUGCCCGAUGUACAGGAUUCUCUCAGUAGUUCUGACUCUGAGGGGCUGGACACUUUGAAUAAUAAAUCACCUGCUGAUAUGCAUAAGGAAUCUGACCUCCAAGAAGCCUCUGGGGAACAUAGCCAUCCUGAUGUCAAUGAAAUAUCUGAAUUACAAGAUGUUCAAUUGCAGUCUGAACUGCUAGAUGACACCAGGGCAGGCAAAGAGACAAGUUGUAAAUUGUACUCUAAUGCCAUCUGGUGUUCAGGAGAUAAAAAUUCUGCUCCGCAACAAUCAAGGAAUAGUUCAGAAUCCGCAAGACAGCUAGUCUCUCUAGACAUUCCAAGCUAUCUACAGGUUGAAACUGAAGAGAAAAGAAAUGACAGGAGCAAUAAGAAGAAGAAGAAGAAGAAAAAGACUACAAGGAAAACGCCUUUCCUGCCACCGGAAAUUGCUGCUGAUCCACACCUUGCCAAGUACUGGGCCCAGCGCUACAGACUCUUCUCUCGCUUUGAUGAAGGGAUCAAAUUGGAUGAAGAAGGCUGGUUCUCUGUAACCCCAGAGAAGAUUGCAGAGCACAUCGCACAACGGGUUCGCCAGUGCAUUAACCAUGCUGUUGUAGUGGAUGCUUUCUGCGGUGUGGGUGGAAAUGCCAUCCAGUUCGCUUUGGCAGGCAUGAGAGUCAUAGCUGUGGAUAUUGACCCUGUAAAAUUGGAUCUGGCUUACAACAAUGCUCAGGUGUAUGGAGUAGAGGAUCAGAUCGAGUUCAUCCGUGCAGAUUACAUGUGUGUUGCUCCCGACUUGAAGGCAGAUGCUGUUUUCCUCAGCCCACCAUGGGGAGGUCCUGACUAUGUCAGUGCUGACAUCUUUGACAUCAAGACCAUGAUGAAUCUUGAUGGCUUUGAAGUCUUCCAGCUUUCCCAGCAGAUAACACAAAAUAUUAUCUACUUUGUGCCACGUAACACUGAUGUUGAACAGGUGGCAUCUCUGGCUGGCCCUGGUGGACAAGUGGAAAUAGAACAGAAUUUCCUGAACAAAAAACUGAAGACGUUGACUGUUUAUUUUGGAGAUUUAAUUCGAAAACUAAAUGCUUGAAGGUUUCUAGAUGCUUGAAGGU